AUGCCCAACACUCCCGCCUCGUAUGGCGGCACAGGAGAAAGUGAAGGGGAUUUCUUCUCUCGCACAGUAGCUGCUGGCACGAAGCUCCUGCCUUGCUCGGAGGUUCAGGGGGAGAACAAUGCGAGAUCGAGAGAAUCUGGGACUCUUCGCUAUCAGCUUCAACAAAUGCAGAAGCAGUUUGAGGCAAUUGCUCAAGUCAGACAGGCCACAACCCAACAAAAUAAGAACAUGCAAGAUCAACUGGCAGCAAUGGCUAAUGAGAACCGGAGGCUCAGUGCUGAGCUAAAUCAAGCCCAAGGGGAGAUACUGGAUCUGAAGAGGCAGAUUCAGGAAUACGUUCAUGAAGAAGAAGAAAGGGAAGGAUUGCUUGAACAGUACAAGAAUCUGACCGUCGAAGCCAAUACCUUGGAGCAGAGCAACAGUCGACUGGAAAAUGAUGCUUCCUAUUUGAAAGCAGAGCUUCAAGCCAAAGAAGCCGAGUUGAAGAGUCUGAGAGACAAUCUCCAUGCUCAAGAAGAAGAGAUUCAAGAUCAUAUCGAUGCAAGAAAUCAGCUCCAGCUGGAGGUGGCAUCCCUCCGUGAUGCUUAUGAACGGAUUCAAGAAAGCCAGGAACAAAUUAGGAAAGAGCGUGAAGCAGUGGAAGGGGACCUUGGAGCAGUACGGGACCUCUGUAUUCAACUUGAUGUUGGGAAAGAUCAACUCAGCAAACAGCUUGUGGAUGCCCAGCGAGAAAAAGGACAGCUGCUGAGUCACAUUGGAGAACUGGAAGAGGAGGUAGGGCUGCUGAAAUCUCAAGUGUCAGCUGAGAAGGGACACGUGAAGAACCUUGAGGAACUCCUGCAGUCCACUCGUGAAACAGAAUUUCAGCAGCAUCUCAGUUCCCAGGAAUUGGCUGAUCAAGUGAAUGCUCUUCGCAAUGAAGUUAAUUCCCUUCGUAACAGACUGGAAACACAAGGGAAAGAAGCUCUCAAAUAUCGGACCCAAGUGGCAGAGAUGGAGGUAGAACUUCAGCAUCUUCAGAGGCAGCUGACCAAUGAAAGAUUUGAGAGAGAGAGAUUGAAUCAGGAAUUGCGAAAAUUGCAGAAACUCAGUCCACGGGGAUUCUCUCAGUCAUCUUCCAUAGGUGCUGAAAGACAGAUGCAUCGGGUUUUUUCAACAGAGAGUGACACAAGUCCUCGAACAGCCCUCUCAAGUCCACCAGCAACUACUGGUCUACUCUUCAGCCCCAUGGAUACUGUUGCUACCUCUGUUCCAGAUGCAUCAGGUGUAUCUACCCAGAUCAGACCAAAUUCGACCCAGUUUUAAGAUAUUUUCAGAUAAGAAACAAUUUGCAUUACUGAAAAUAUAUUUUCAAUUUUUGAUCUCCAUAUAUGCAUUGACAGUUGAUAUUUUAAAAUAUGAUUAUUGAGAUCAUGUUGACAAAAGACAUUCCUUGACUGAUCCCAUAGUGACAUGGAUUUUGAAGUUUUGGAAUACCUGUAUCAUUUGUAUAGUGGCAUGCAAUAAGCAG